AUGCAGGCAGCAAACAGACUACAGAAAGCCCUGAAGAGCGGCAGGACCAGUCUUGGUGGAUGGCAAAUGUUUCCAGGAGCGAAUCUCAGCAGAGCGAUAGCACGCACUCCUGGCAUUGAUUGGAUUUGUGUCGACACCGAACAUGGAAACAUCAGCGAUGCUGAGAUGCAUGAGUCGGUCGCAGCCAUAGCAGCCUGUGGUAUUUCGCCUGUCGUGAGACUACCAGACGGUCAGCAUUGGAUGAUCAAACGUGCUCUGGAUGCUGGUGCCCAUGGUAUCAUCAUUCCUCUACUCCGGUCUGUCGAAGACGCCAGGAACAUUGUCAAAUUCAGCAAGUUUCCACCUGAUGGUAAUCGAGGACUGGGAUCGCCAUUUGCCAUGGAAAAGUUCGCCGAGCAAGUUCCAAACGCCAAAGAAGUCAGCAUGUCGCAGUACUUCCAGGAAGCCAAUAGCAGUAUCGUAGUGAUAGUACAAAUUGAGACUGCCUCGGCGCUGGAACAGAUUGACCAGAUCGCUGCAGUCCCGGGAAUCGACGUGUGCUUUGUUGGACCGGUAGAUCUAGGCAAUAGUAUCGGACACCCACCCCAGAAUCUUGGCGUUUAUGCUCCCGAGCUCGAAAAUGCAAUCUCGAAGAUCCAUGCUGCCACCCAGGCGGCCGCCAAAUACACAGCGAUGUUCACUGGUAGUGGAGAACAGGCCAAGAAAUAUGUAGAACAGGGCUUCAACAUGGUCAACGUCAUGACUGAUGUUGGAGCUAUCAGAUCAAGUUUUGCUCAUGCAGCUGCCACUGCCGUAAAGCUGUAA